ACUUGACGCACUCAACUGGGACCACGGGACGGAAAAUGCGGGUCGUAAAUCCGUUCCUGUCUGCAACCCUUCACGAUGACAGCUCAGCUUUUACCUGGACCUCAUCAUGACGAUGGCUAGGAGACCUGUAGGUUGUCUUGUUAUAGGCGCUGGAUUCAGCGGUCUCGUUGCAGCCAGGCAGCUCGCAGCAGCGGGUCACUCUGUACUUAUCGUCGAAGCUCGCGACCGCAUAGGAGGCCGGGUAUUAUCGUACAAGGAAGGGCAGUCAUUCCCCAUCGAUAUUGGCUGUAGCUUUGUGCAUGGGUAUGCAGAAGGCGUUCCUACUAGGAAACUUUUUGAAGAUCUGGGCAUCAAGAUGACAUUCCCGGCGCCAAAGCCAAGUCUUCUUAUUGGUCCAAAUGGCUUAAUUCCAGAGGCGCUUGCUGAAAAGCUUCAAGCUAAUCUUGCUGAAGCCUCCAGGAAUGCGCUCAACGUCGCUCAAAGCGGCACGACUGAGGUUCACCUCUCCUUAGCUGACUCAUUGCUCAGCAAAGGUUCAAGGCUGUUUGAGGGGCUCUCCGAUUCCGAAAAGCCAUUAGCAGAGUCGCUGGCUCGUUGUUUGGAGGGCGGGCUUGGUGCCACCCUCGAGCAAGUCAGUCUGCGGUGGAAUGGAUACGAGAACAAGUUUGCGGGAACAGACGCUUUCCCAGAAGGAGGAUAUCAGGCCGUCACACAGGCACUUCUGGAUGCGUCCGUUGCAUCUGGUGCCGAACUCGUGCUCAAUGCACCCGUCUCGUCUGUAUCCCUCUCUGAAAAUUCGGAUUCCGUUACCGUAAAGACAACAUCUGGCGUGUCGUACAAUGCUUUAUCUGUCAUCUGCACGAUCCCAUUAGCCGUGCUCAAGGUUGCUUCCCCAUUCUUCUUCUCCCCGUCGCUUCCUUCUCGCAAAGUUUCCGCGAUCCAACGGACGCACGUUGGAACCUUGGCUAAGAUUCUCCUAACGUACCCAAAGAUAUGGUGGGGAGAGUCGUACGGUGGAAUUACGAUCCUUCCAGACAAAUAUUCGAACUCGUCCUCUUCCGACCCGAAGAAGCUUCUUUCUUCCAUCCCUUUAACCUGCGCGACGCUACAGACGACGAUACUCAUCUACGUCGGCUGUGCCGCUGCUCUUGACAUUGAAAAGAUGGACAAGAUCACUGUCGCCAACGUAGCUCAUGAAAUUCUGAAAGAAAAAAUUGGCAAAGAGGUUGACGUGCCAGCAUUUUCCCAUUCUACUGUUACUAGCUGGUCUGCUGACCCUUUUACGUUAGGCGCGACGACCACUCCAAUCGUUGUAGGAGACGAGCGUUCCCCUUUUGAUUUCUUCGAAUUAUCGCGUCCUGUUUGGGGCGGGCGUUUGGGCUUUGCUGGAGAGCACACGGAUGUUGACCAUCGCGGGAGUGUGCAAGGUGCUACCGAGAGUGGUAAACGUGAAGCCGAGAGAGUCUCUCAGUUCCUGGCGAGAUGAGCUUGAGGUACUAAACCACGGAAGGCAUAUCUAGUGUGAAUAAAUAGCAAAGAAGUCAAUUCGAUUCUCAAUAGGCUUAAAGAGUUU